AUGGGUCGCACCGUCGACCAGGAGGUGCACGCCGCGUUUGUCGAGUUUCGCGCCAAGGAAGAUGAUAAGUGUCUCUCCGUGCAAUGUAUCUACUGCCAGCAAAUUCGCGCAAAGAACACCUCGCGCCAGAAACAACAUCUCCUCGAGUGUCCCGGUCUGCGCGGUCACCCUAACGCGCCCCAACCUUCCCAGCCCGCCCAGCCAGCCCCUAAUGGAAUCGGCUCUGCCAAUGGCUACCCUGGCACCCCCAAUGGCGCAACGGCCACCGCGACAGGCCCAGCUGGUCCUGGUGCCAUCCCGACUCCUAACGGCACUCUCAUGACCAACGGCGUCAAUCCCCAUGCCACUCCGCUCCAGACCCCGCUGCAAACCCCACUGCAGACCUUGCAGAGUCGCACCGCGAUGCCGACUCCAGGUCCCCCGACUGGCCCUCCUUCUGCUCCGUCUAGUGCUGCGCCUUCCCGCCCGACUCCCAAGCCCAAGUCCAAGAGCUCGACGUCCGCUUUGCCUGCGCCGCCGCUGGACGAUGUGCACGCUGCUUUCGUGGAGUUCCGCGCCAAGGAGGAAGACAAGUGUCUUUCUGUCCAGUGCAUCUACUGUCAGCAAGUCCGCGCAAAGAACACCAGUCGUCAGCGCCAACAUCUCCUCGAAUGCCCUACCUAUCUCAGUGUUAUGAAGGACUCAAUCCCUGCCAAUAACCUGCUGCACACAUUCCCCGAAGGCGAUGUCGCCCGGUCAUUGCAAAUCCCCGCGCCAACGCUGGAGCUGGACUUCCGCAUGAGCAUCAAGAUGAACCCUAAAGUGUCUGUCGGCCCUGGCGUCUGGGGUCAGAGAGAGUGGGUCUCGUUCGUUGGUGGUCAAUGGGCUGGCCGAUGGGGCAAGGGCAUUGUCCUGCCUGGCGGCCAAGAUACUCAGAUCGUUACCAAGGACUCGACUACCAACCUGCGCGCCAGUUAUAUCCUCCAGACCGUUGAUGAGCCACCAGCAUUCAUCAUUGUUCGCACCGAAGGCUGGUUGACCGGUGCCAAGGAUGUUCUCGAGAAGGUUAUUGAUUCCAACAUGGCGGACGGCGUCAACCCCGGCAGCUACAAGUACCGCGUCAACCUUUCCAUGGAAACUGGUGAUGAGCGAUACACCUUCCUGAACACUUUGAUGUGGAUCGGCAGCGGCUGCCGCAGAGGUCACGAAGUCAUCUUCGACUCAUUCCGUGUUAACUAA